AUGAGGUCUGUCAUGAAGUCAAUGUUCCUCCCUUUCCUCCUGAUCAGCCUAUUCGCUACAACUAAAGCAGCAGCUGGCGCUGCCUUAUGUGCUGAUGUGGAUGCAGCUCUCCAGACCUGUGAUACUAUUUUCAAAACUGGAAACCUGAACGAUCCCUCGUUUGAUGGAUGUUGUGCAGGCCUCAAUAAGAUCGCAACCAUUUCGGCCACCAUCGGGGCCAAAGCAGCAUGUCAAUGUGUCCAUGCGGCACUAGGUAUUGCAGCCAAUCCAACUUCAGUCGCUGUUGGAAUCUCCGCCCAAGUGCCGGAAAAAUGCGGUAUCAAUCUUGGCUUUAGCAUAGAUGCUACGGUCGGUUGUUAA